AGAGGAGGGGUUAAAGACUGGGAGGUAUAGAUUGCAGACAGAGAGGUACUGGGGUUGGCUGGAUUGUGAUAGCGACAGAUGUCCAGAAAACUGCACUCCUCCGUAACAGCGCACUGCACCUCAGAGAGAAGGAGCGAGGGGCGGAAUCUGCAGCUGUCACUCCAAAGGCUUACCUCCAUUAUCACAUCCACCCGGAGACUGGACAAGAAGCCCAACUGGUUCCCCAACAAAAGACACAGGAGUCACCAUGGGAGGCAAACUGAGCAAGAAGAAGAAAGGCUAUGACGUGAGCGACCCCAAAGACAAAAAAGACGAGAGUCCGGCAAGUGGUGCUGGUGCAGAAGAGUCUGCUAAAGUGGAAGAUGGAGCUCCACCCACAGGAGCUGAGGAGAGUGCUGGGAAAGAUGGUGUGGUAGAGGAAACUGCAGUGUCAGCAGACGCCGCAGCAACAGAGGCUGCAGUACCUCCAGAAGAACCGAAAUCUGCCCCUGCAGAGGAACAAGCUCCUGCAGCUGAAGAGGAGGCAGGUCCGGAGCAAAAACCAGAAGCAGCUCCAGUAAAAGACGAGCCAGUUGCCGUGGCAGUGGAAACGACUCCAGCUGUCGACAAACCAGUUGCAUUAUCAGAGAAAAAAGCACUUGGUGGAGAGGAAAAGGGAGCAUCUCCCGAGAAAGCAUCUCCAGUGGCUGAAAUGGUCCCAGAAGAGCCUAAAUCUGCUCCCCCAGAGGAAGUAGAAGCAACAGAGCAGAAAGUAACAGCAGUGGAAGUAACUCCAGUGGAAAAAGUAGAAGCUGUAGUUCAAGAGAAACAAGCUCCUGUAGAAGCACCAGCCGAAGAAGCACCUUGGGCAGAACAAGAGCCCACUGUAGCUGCAGAGAAACCAGUCACAGCCGAAACUGCUCCAGCAGUGGAAACUGAGAAGCCACCAGUGGCUGCAGAAGAAUCUUCUCCAUCUGAGGAACCCGUGAAAGCCCAGGCCGAACCCGAAGAGCCCCUAGUGGUAGGGCCUCUUGAUGCUCUAGGAUCUGUGUCACAACCAGACGCUGCUCAGGUCAGCACAGAGCCAGAGUCUGAGGAUCAAGAGACUGUGACUGAGCCAGAAGCGAUUGAGGUGGAAAGAGUUUCUGCUACUGCAGUGCCUGAACCUGAACCAGAGGCCGAGCCAGUGGCAGAGGUAGUUUCCCAACCAGAGCCCGAGCAAGACGCAGUUCAAACUACAGAGGCAGAGUCUACAAAAGCACCAACACCAGAACCUGAGCAAGAUGAAGAGAAGAAACAGCUAGAAGAACCUGAAUCCCAACCAGCAUUGGCGGCACCUGAGACUGUUGAACUUGAGACUGUUGAAGCAGAAUCAUCUGAGGUUUUGGAGGCUGUGGUAGAGAAUGCCUCUGCAGAAAAUCAUCAUGCAGAAGAAGAAUCUGUGUCAGCAGAAGUCCCGGGCUCCAAUGAUGCAACUGAGUCACAAGCUGCAGAACCUGUACCUGAGAUUGUCAUCUCACAGUCUGCCUCUGCUAACAACAUGACUGUGGAAUCUGAUAAGACAGCUGAGACGUCCUUGGAAGAAGUGCCUGGCCCGGAGCCUGAGAAGGAAAGCAAGAUGGAAAAUGGAGAUUUAGGAAGCCCUUCCUCCACGGAGAAUGGGGUAGAUCCAGUUAUAGCGGUGAACGGGGAGUGCGCUGAUAAUACUAAUGCCGUGGCCAUGCGUGCAGAAGAAUUUGUGAAUGGGAACGAAAAAUCAGAGGAGACGCCUUUCGAGGAGCAGUGCGAUUUUGAACUGAAAAAGGACGUGAACCUGUGUGGGGAUGUCCAGGAAGUUCCUGACACAGUCUCAGACAUGGUGGAGGGUCUCAGCACUGAGGUCACCCAGGCAGUCUAAAUUGAAACCUCCUUGUUUUGGCACUGUGAGUCAGUUCAAUCAUGCGAUGGUGAGAGAAAACCACCAAGGAAUCACAGACAGCUACGCUUUCUGAAACGCUUUAACCACUGCACUGUUUUUAAUGGUAACUCAAGAAAAAAAAAAAAAAAGCUUUUUUUUUUUUCCUCUUGGGUCGCCAAAAAUGUAAUGCAACCACUUUAUAGAGAGUGACGAACAUGUUGCAAUGGAGAUGGAAGUGCAACGAAGAGAUUUGAGUCGGUGUUUUUGGUGCAGACAGACAGUGGAGCUGGACAGCAUGGCAAAAAAACACACUCACAUUAAAUAUGGUAUUGAAUGAAUGAAUACAUUUGUGUUUGAGACAAAUAAAUACUGCAAUUGGAAAAAUUGGUAAUUUUUUCAAUUACCCAGUCUGGGUAAUUGGGGGGGAAAAAAACAAACAUUCAUGAGUAGCAUAUUCUUGAACUUAGACUUUCAUAUAUCCUUUCUAUUGCUAUAUGAAGCAACAUGACGUAAAUGUUUUGGCCUUUUAUAAUAACUGUACUUGUAAGGACUGUUAAUUUUGAAAUGAUUGUUCAGAACAGAAAAUAAAAAAGAUUGAUUGUUGUAGUCCAC